CGUGACUCCACAAAGAUUACUAGGGGAAGUCGGACCAGGAAGAUAGAAAGCCUACCGCCAUGUUAAAAUGUGAAGUUUGAUUUUCGUUAAUCAAAGCAAUACGGUGUGGCUGACCAUGGACCCUCGGAGGAGUGCCCAGGAUGUGUUACGGUGUGACCUGUGUGAGACUCCUGUCCCCCCUUACUACUGUGACCUGUGUCACGUCAACCUUUGUAAGAAAUGCGCCGGGGAACAUCUAUUGGACGAAACCAAAGAACACAAGGUGGUGCCCAUCAAACAGCGAAGAUUUACAUCCAAUUUCCCUGAAUGUCAAAAACAUUCUCUAAAACAAUGCGAACUUUACUGUGAACACUGUGACAUUCCUAUCUGUGUGCAGUGUGUCUCAUCUGGUGAACAUUUAGGUCAUAAUGUAGGUGGUUUUACAGAAAAAUUACAAUUCAAAAAAGAAAUCCUUCUAAACGAUUUGCAAGAAUUAGAGAAAUCCAUUUAUCCAAAGUAUCAAGCAUUAGCAGAAAUAACCACAGGUCAGAAAACUGAACUAAAUAAAAACUGUCAGAAAUUGACAUCAGCAAUUGACAAACAUGGAGAAGUCUGGCACAGAGAAAUAGACACCAUUAUACAGAAACUGAAAUCUGUUCUUGAUGAAAUGGACUCUAAACACCUGGCUGUCUUAAAUAAAGGGGAACAUGAAAUCACACGCACCAUUUCUGAAAUCACACAGAGCAUUGCAGAUCUGAAGAAGUUACUGGACUCCAAUGAUGUCAGCCGUGUCUCUGCCUACAAAUCCAGGAAUGCUGAAUUCAGAAGAUUGCCCCCUAAACUCACAGUUUCUCUGCCAAACUUUACCCCUCAGAAAAUUAACUCAGACCAACUUUACCAACAAUUUGGUUCCCUGUCAACAUUCUCCAUUACAACAGAGGAACAUGGCUACACCGUGGAAACCUCAGAAGCUGGAUCCUCUCCUCUCAAACCACUGCUUGAUAAGCCAUGGAUCAUCUCCACCAUACAGACACAGUGUAAAUACUUACUCAGUGUUACUUGUCCCAGUGAUGAAGAAAUCUGGGCAUGUAGUUAUAAUAAUAAGAUCAUGAGUCUCUACAGCCUGCAGGGGGAACUAGUGAAGUCAGUCCAAACCAAGUCAGGGAGCGAUCCAGAGGACAUAGCAGUGACAAGGAGUGGGGAUCUAGUUUAUACGGAUUACAGUGAUAGAACUGUGAACAUAGUGAAGAAUACACAGAUACAGACAGUGAUCAGACUACAGGGGUGGAUACCUCUCGGUGUCUGUAGUACCUCCUCUGGUGACCUCCUGGUUGUCAUGACAAAUGAUGAUGAUAAACAAACAAAAGUUGUGUGUUACUCUGGCUCCACAGAGAAACAAAGUAUUCAGUAUGACGACAAAGGACAACCUCUCUAUUCAUCUGGUGACAUUAAAUACAUCAGUGAGAACAGGAACCUAGAUAUCUGUGUGUCAGACUUUAGAGCCUGUGCAGUAGUGGUGGUCAAUCAGGCCGGGAAACUCCGGUUUACCUACACUCGUCCUCCCUCUUUUACCAAGAGAUCAUUUAGUCCAUACGGCAUCACAACAGACAGCGAGGGUCGGAUCCUGACAGCAGACAACAACCACCGUAUCCACAUCCUGGAUCAGGACGGACAGUUCCUCCGCUACAUUAACAACUGUCAUUUACAGAGUCCAUGGGCUUUAUGUGUGGACACCAGAGACAACCUCUUUGUGGGUGAGUACGACACAGGUAAAGUGAAGAAAAUACAAUAUCUGAUGUAAACACUGUCUGUGUAUUAUAUGUAAACAAACUGUGUGUAUGUAUUAUUUGUAAACAAACUGUGUGUAUGUAUUAUAUGUAAACAAAACUGUGUGUGUAUUAUAUGUACACAAACUGUGUGUGUGUAUUAUAUGCAAACAAACUGUGUGUGUGUGUGUGUAUUAUAUGUAAACAAAUUGUUUGUAUGUAUCAUAUGCAAACAAACUGUGUGUGUGUAUUAUAUGUUAACAAAAUGUGUGUAUGUUUUAUGUGUAAACAAACUGUGUGUAUGUAUUAUAUGUAUACAAACUGUGUGUAUGUAUCAUAUGUAAACAAAAUGUGUGUAUGUAUUAUAUGUAAACAAACUGUGUGUUUUAUAUGUUAACAGGAAUUAUUACAAAUGUAUUAAACAAUAUUAGAUUACCUUUUAUGGACAAGAAUACAUUUGCCAAGCAUAAAGUUUGGAAUCAUAUUCCAUGUACAGUAUUACCUCUGAAAAUACACCACCUUGUGUUUUUAAAAAGUGUAAGCAGUUCAUUCAAAUUAAUGGACAAAAAGCAGGUUUUCCAUUAUAUCAACAAUUUAGGGUUUACAUUCAUUAUUGACAAAGGAAGUUCAAUAAAACCUCUUCCACCAAGUUUGAAGCAAAGAAUAACAGACCAGUGUUUACAGGAAGAACAUUAAAAAAUUGUUAGUUUAUCAAAGCUUAAAUUUUAUCAAGUUGUUUUUGAUAAUUUUGAAUAACGUUCUUAUGUUGAUUUAUUGAAAAGGGAAUUAGAGCGAUUAGUUUUUAGUAGUUUGAUAUUAGGUUCAGAAUAUCUUUCCAUAGAAAAAGUUAAGGCACAUAAGUUGAAUGCCGGGGGGGGGGGGGGGGGGGCAGUCUUUUAUCUGAAAUUCUUAUUUAGCAGAGUGAUAAGAGACAUUGUGAGAUUUGACGAAUAAGUUUAGAAAAGACAUACGACACUCUUUUCACCCAAUCUUGCCAUCCCUGGUUUGAAUAAACUUUAAAAGAGUUUGUAAUUUUCCCAGUCAGCUGCAACAAAUAGAAUGUAACCAGGGUUAUAUAAUUAAAUAUGUAUUUGCGCUUAAUUUAGCAUUUGUUUUGAGAGUGUUCGUGUGCGUGUGAGUGUAUAUAUUUAGCCCACAGACUUCAUCUAUAAAUAAAUGUCACAUGCUAUCUAAAACCUGUUCUACUUGUUCCCGCCAAUGUUACAUGUUCAAUACCUGAGGCGUGUUCAGCAGAGCGAACACGCCUCUGGACACUUUCCACUUCGGUGUCCAAACAGACACAUCGUUUGAAAAUCCUGAUGAAAUUCAUAUUGUCUGUCUUGAAGGGGGAGGGGGGGGUAGCUGUCCCGGUAUGACAUUUUGAUUAGUAUAAUUGUGUAAUUGCUUUAUGUGAAAUUAUUAUGUGUUUAAAUACUAUAAUGAAUUAUUACAGGUUUUUGUAUAACUUAUAAUUCUACUGAAUGAAGUGAACCUUUGACCAAAUCAAGGUGUCUUGAGUUAUUUCUACAAGUUACAAGAAUAAAGGCAGUGUAUAUGUACAUGAAGCAUUGUAUCUUAUCAAUUAAUGUAUAAGUUUCAUUCCUCCGCUUGAAUCAAGUGUAUCAUAUGUAAACAAAUUGUCAAUUUUUGGUGUGAGUUAAAUAAAUGUAAUUGAACUGAUUCACUCCAAUGCGCUAACUCAAUCUUCCAUUGAAGCUGCUAUGAAUUAUGCAAAAAUUUAUUUCUACUGUGAUCAGUUUUAUUGUUUGGGAAUGGUUAAUAUGUUAAUGAGUUGACAUUAAAUUAGAUGAACAUUGCAAUAAAAAAAAC